AGGGAGGGGGGACACCGAGGACCGAGCGACUUAGGCAUCCACCGUCCUGCCUGACCGAAAAGCGAGGAAAGGAGUUUCAUUUCCAUGGUUGCUUUUACCCCUUGCUUUCGAUCAGGUGAUGACGCAGAUCGUAGAAGGCUGGGUGAACGGCAGCCCGCGACUGGGCAGGAGACGGCGGGUGGGGAGUGCCGCCCAGGGUCUCAAGGACCCCCGGGCUGCAGGCGCCGGCGGCCGCUCCCUCUUCCGGCGGCUCUGCGUCCGCGCGUCCGGCCCGCGAGCCUGGCGUUUGCAAUCGUCGCGGCGAAGACUAUGCGGCGCCCCAACAUCCUGCUCACCGGUACACCAGGGGUUGGAAAAACCACACUAGGCAAAGAACUUGCCUCAAGAUCAGGACUGAAGUAUAUUAGUGUGGGUGAUUUAGCUCGAGAAGGGGAGUUAUAUGAUGGCUAUGAUGAAGAGUAUGAUUGUCCCAUUUUAGAUGAAGAUAGAGUAGUCGAUGAAUUAGAAAAUGAGAUGAGAGAUGGUGGUGUUAUUGUUGAUUACCAUGGCUGUGAUUUCUUCCCUGAACGCUGGUUUCAUAUAGUUUUUGUGUUGAGAACAGAUAACAGUGUUUUGUACAAAAGACUUGAAACAAGGGGUUAUAAUGAGAAGAAACUGAAAGAUAAUAUUCAGUGUGAGAUUUUUCAAGUUCUUUAUGAAGAAGCCAUAGCAUCCUACAAAGAAGAAAUUGUGCAUCAGCUGCCCAGCAAUAACCCAGAAGAGCUAGAGGAUAAUAUAAAUAAGAUUUUGAAAUGGAUUGAGCAGUGGGUGAAAGAUCAUAACUCUUAACUAUUACUGGCAGGCCAUAUUAGUCACUCACAUUAAUAUCUCUCUCACUACUUCAUAGAAAUCACCCAAGUAAUCAGUACAACAAUCUUAUUAAAUCUCUGUUACAGGUCUAGCAGAUGGAUAACAUAAAAACUAUGUCUGGGUUUUUCUCCAUGAGAAAGCUGAACAACCUCAAAAAUAAUUAACUUAAUAUUGGCUUGAUAAUAAAAAGUAUUAUUUAAUAUUUA